AUGCCUGUCCAAUGUGUCAUCAAAAAGUCGGGAGUCUGUUCAGUUGCUUGCAAUAUGCUACUAGUGCUCCCCGCCAUCAUGAUCACCCUCAAUGGCAUAGCAGUAGAUCUCAACUGGACCCACUGGUUGGACAUGGAAAACAUUUUGGGCCCAACGGUCGGCCAGACAUACAUCAACUUACUGAGAACUCUUCUGCUACCUCGAGAAGCAAUACCUGAGCUGGUGGAGCGCCUGGAAGCUGCUGCUGACAAUUUGUCCUCGUUGGUUAAACCGCUCAAACAGGGCAUUGACGGCACCUGCACAUCUGACACUUUGUCACUGAAGCGGGUGGUAAUUGAUUGGAUAACCCCUGCUGGCGAGGCUUUGACCCCACCACUCUCAAAAACUACCAACAAAGGCAGGGGAUUUGAUCAUGUUAUAACUGGACAGCUGCCCUGUCCAUGUGAGCUGGAUUGGGAAGAGGAUAAUAUUUACCUCAAGAAGCUGAUCCUGCUAUCACUAAGGCAUACAAAGCAUGUUUUUAUCUUGCUGAGUUCUGUGGCAGGGGAUACGAGCCACCACUCAACCACGGGAAAUGCAGCUUGGCAUGCGAUGUCUUCUGUGACUCCGGCGUCCAUCACCUACAUAGUGACACAGAUAAGGUUUGUUCUGAGUUCAACCUAUUGGGUAUUCUGGUACUGGAGCUUCACCAUACUGUAG